AAAGCGUACACUCUUCUCAAAACUAAUGAUCAAAAUUUAUUAAAAUCUUUCCGGUCUGCAAUCCAUUUUUCAGAAAUAGGUUUCUUAGAAUCAUACGGAAUUCAAAAGAUCAAAGUGGGAAACCAAGUAUUUAGACUAUGGAGCUGAAUUCCAGCAAAGAUGCAUUUGACAGUGUCGUCAAAAAACAAACUCAUUCAUCGUCAAAGUUAGAGGAGUCAAUCGAAAAGAUCAUCCAAGAAAUUGAACACACAUUAUCAGUAAUACAAUCUCCGCUUAGUGGUUCUUCAUCUCAACCUGACCACAAGUUAGUUCUUGGUGAAUUGAAAACUAAAUUGAAGGAGAUAGCUCCUCUUGGUCAAUUAGAAGGUACACAAAAGGAACUAAAUAUGGCUUUGAGUAAAUACACUAAGCUUCUUGAGAAACACUUCAAUCCAGAUAUAUCCAAGUCUUAUAAAAAUGUAGACUUUGAUUCACGAAUAAUCAACCAAAUAGUUUCUAGUCAUUUAUACCGGGAAGGCAUGUUUGAUAUAGGGGAUUGUUUUAUAAAUGAAUCCCAUGAAGAAACCAUCUAUGAUAGAAAGACUCACUUUUUCGAAAUGUAUGAGAUACUAGAGUCUAUGAAGUCACGCGACCUAGGUCCUGCUUUGAAGUGGGCCACGGCUAACCAUGAAAAGCUCCAGAAAAAUGGAUCAGAUCUUGUAUUGAAGCUUCAUCGUUUACAGUUCUUGGAGAUUCUUCAAAAUGGUAGCAGAGAUGACGCUCUUAAGUAUGGAAGGACUCAUUUCUCCCCUGUUGGUACCCAACACAUCCCCGAAAUUGAGAAGCUUAUGGGCUGCCUUUUAUGGGCUGGAAAGCUUGAAUCGUCACCUUAUUCCGAGUUCUUAUCACCAACCCAUUGGGCCAAGCUGUCUCAGGAGGUGGCUCAACAGUUUUGUAGUCUCUUGGGUGAAUCAUCUGUUAGUCCAUUCAGAGUGACAAUAGAAGCUGGUGUCCUAGGUUUGCCAACACUUUUGAAGCUGAUGAAUGUGAUGAAUGGGAAGAAGCAAGAAUGGCAAACUAUGAAGCAGUUACCAGUGCCUAUAGACAUUGGUAUGGAAUUUCAGUUUCACUCGAUAUUUGUUUGUCCAGUGAGUCGAGACCAGGCGUGUGAAGAUAACCCUCCAAUGCUGAUGUCGUGUGGGCACGUACUCUGCAAGCAGUCAAUAACAAAGUUAUCAAAGAAUAACAAUACAAGGCCUUUCAAGUGUCCUUACUGCCCUACCCAGGUGGAAGUAGGCGAAUGUAGGCAGUUGUACUUUUAACAAGUGUCCGUAAUGCCUAUAUCAAGGUUCAAUCUCUCUCUUUUCUACCCUCUGAAAUUAUGUUUGUGUAAUGUUAUGCAGGUGUUUUGGGGAUGGUAAAGAACUGUUAAAAAGUUGUAAAAACUGUUACUGUCAUUUGUAUUUUUAUUCCAGCGUAAAUAGACAUUCCUUCCACUUGUUUAUAAA